AUGGGGGAUGUUGUUUACAUAGUCCAUAGACAGCUUGAAAGAAUACCAACCAUUCCAGAGCAUGCGAGAACAGUUGACCUCCGCCGGAACAACAUAUCGGUUAUGGCUUUGAACAAGGCAGAGUCUGUCGAGUAUCUUGAUCUAUCAGACAACAGAAUAAAGGUGAUUUCCGACCUUGAAAAUGUUCCGAAUCUAAAGGUGUUGGAUCUAAGCUACAACCUAAUCACAGAAAUUUCCAUUCCCCGCAUGGGUCUCUCGGAGCUGUAUCUGAUUUCUAAUGACAUUUCGACGAUCCAUGGGCUAGAUCUUCCCUGCAUCAAGAAGCUAGACAUGGCCGUAAACGACAUCUGUCAGAUUGAAAACCUCGAGAAUUGUGCAACUCUAGAAGAGCUCUACCUCGGAAGCAACAGAAUAAGAACAGUAGAAGGACUGUCCGAGCUCAAAGAUUUGAAGGUAUUGGAUCUUCAAAACAAUGAACUUGAAGUGGUAGAUUGCUCGGCAGUACCUUGUAAUGUUGAAGUUCUUCUUCUUGGAGAGAACAGAAACCUUCAAAUGAUUGAGAAUCUCGAGUCAUUAAAGAAUCUCCGGAUUCUGGGGCUGGAGAAGACAAGAGUGCCUUCUGAUCUAUUUGAGGGGUGUUUUACUGUUUGGCGCUAA